AUGGCUCGAACGGCUAAUUCGAACAGUGAAUCCGAGUCUAACAUCAAGACUCGUAGUGCUGCCAAUACUACAGCGGGGACCGGUGUAGGGUCCCGUUCUCAUGUCAAACAGAGACUCACAACCGCACAGCAACAGUACUUGAAAGAUCUGGUCAGAACCCAUGUUACAAACAAUCACCCCAAUCUCACGCCGAAACCAGAUCCUAUGGAUUUUGAAUCAUAUUCAGAUGAUUUCCUACGUCGUUACAAGGACAGGUUCCAAUUGAAUGUAGAGGAUCAUCUAUCGAUACAAGGUUAUUUGGUAGGUUCUCAACUUGGCUCAAAGACAUAUUCUAGCAAGCGUAACCAACAUGGAACACCAGGAGCUCGUGUAUUAAAAAAGGAGCUAGCUUCUGAAGUGAAGCGCCAUUUCAACUCCUACAACGUCAAGGAAACUGAAUGCGUACCGCAGUUCAUAUAUAAGGUCAAGACACAGAAGAAGAAGUUCAAGAUGUGGUUCAAGAACUAG